GGGUCAAAUUUGGGAAACAUAUAAUGUUUUCUUCGGGUUAUUUGCACAGAUAAACAAAAUAUAAUCCCCAUCCCAUCUCUCAAACCUCCUCACCUCCACCUUUGAUCCUCCACACCCCUACACUCCACAGCAUCGGCGAAUUCCCCGCAAAAUGAAACGAACAACCCGCAAAGCCCUCGUGCAUCUCACGCUUUUCUGCAGCGCCCUCUUCCUCAUCAUCUUCCUCAACCGCUCUUCCAGCAAUACCUCUUUCCCCUGGACCCGCAUCCGCUACACCCAUGAUGCACAAUCCCGGAUCCCCGUCCCCCCUGCACACGGCAUCUGUCCCGGGCUCUCCACCGCCACCAAACCGGUUCUCGUCGUCUCCCGCGUCGAAGCCGACGGCGAAUCCAGCUGGCUGGAUUCGCUCAGCCACAAAUAUCACAUCUGCCUCUACAAUAUCGAUUCCUCUGCUCUGCUAAAAUCCUCUCAGAAAGUGCUCCAAGUGCCCGCUAACAGAGCGCAUGAAGCCAUGCCCUAUCUCACAUUCCUCAUCGAUAACUAUGCAAAUAUCCCCGCGACUGGCGCGGUAUUCGUCCAUGGAAAUCGCUAUCAGUGGCAUAAUGAUCAUCCGCAAUACGACAAUCUUGAUCUGUUAUCUCGGCUUGAUCUCGAGAGUGCGUUAGCGGAAGACGGAUACCAUAAUCUCAAAUGUGAUUGGAGUCUCAGCACGUGUAGCGAUAAAGCAGUCGCCCAGGGAAGUCUCGAGACGAGUAUGCAAGCAUCCCUGCAACCGUGGGACAAAAGAGCAGUUUCUGAUGCGGCGAUGCCGAAGGCGUUGAGGGUGCUAUUCGGAGAGGGCAAACAGUUGAGCAGAACGGAUGUUGUGAAAAGUCAAUGUUGUGCACAAUUUGUCGUUUCGAGGAAAAGUAUUUGGAAACAUGAGAGAGAGGAAUAUGUGGCGCUCAGACAGUGGCUGCUGAACCCUGAUGGCGCACCUAAGGAUGAUAAGGUAGCGGGCAGAAUAUUGAGUUAUUUGUGGCACGUUUUGUUUUUGGAACAAGACGGUGGCGAGGUUGAGGGAAUGGUAGAUUUGGAUAGACUUAAUAGACAGGCUUGUCCAAGUGCACAAAAGUGCUAUUGCCGACUCUACGGGAAGUGCGAUCUAGAUUGUAGGACAACGGGGACUUGUCGAGGACAGUAUGUAUUGCCGAAAAAUCUCAGGCUUCCGGAGGACUAUGGAAGACAGUUUGAGCAUUUGGAUGAUCACUCGGAUAGUCUUUGAAGUCUGAGAGUUGAAGCUUUUGCAUUUUGGAUGGAGUUGAAGAUUAGACAUACAUUCGCAUCUUGAUAGAAAAUUAAUCAUAGAAAACACAUAGAAACAGUACAUUUGUUAAUUAGAAUAAUGCAUUGCACAUUCACA